AUGACCCUCCAGGACGCCAUUUACGAUCCAGCAGCCUCGUACUUGCGUUACUUUUACUUUCCCCUCGCAGCAGGCCCUCACGAGACCCGGUCGUCUGUCUGGUACUCGGUGGGAUUGUUGCAGCGUAAUCUCGACAACGACGCUGAUGAAGCAGUUAAAAUAAUCAGGAAUAUCAUUGGCGAUCAAGAGAAGAAUAUAUCAGCCCAGUGGUAUGGAGACUACACCAAGUAUCCCGAGCAGCCCACCGUGGGAAGUCCCGCGUACCCUCCAGUGAUAUACAAUUCUUGGGAUCCCAACUGGCGCGGAUUCAUUGGCACCGCUUUGAUAAUCAUAUAUGAGGAAUUCCGGAGCCUCUUGCCUGUAGAUGUGCAGGACCUCAUACUCGAAAGCCUGCACAACAAUACAAUAGGCGACAGCUACCGUGUCGGUGGAGUCGAUGGCGACAACUUAUACCCCGGCUAUUCCAAUGCCUGGUUAAUGAGAACUGUGGUCGGCUCAUGGACCGGAAUGAGGCUGAACAAUGCCAACAUGACUGCUGCCGGAGAGGCAGAUGCGCUCGACUUCCUGAACCUGUUUGACCGUAACCAGACCCUCUCUGAGUUCAACGGACCAACAUACGCCGGUGUAUCCAUAUACGCACUGACCAUCGCGGCGAAGUAUCUGGGACCUACGAACUCGACCAUCGGACAAAAUGCAGCCCGCGUCAUUCGGCAGAUAUGGGACUACGAGUCGCAGCUCUGGAACCCGAGCAUGAGGAACUUGGCUGGACCGUGGGAUCGUACGUACGGCUACGAUAUGAACAAUUAUGUAGCCAUCAUAUCAAUCUGGAUGUGGACGCUGAUAGGAAAGGAGAGUGUGUGGACGAACACAUCUCCCAUCUGGACCAUGGCCCACGCCGAUGACUUUGAGGUUGCGCCGGUCAUUGCUGUGUUGUCCGAGUUUCACAAAACACUCAUUCCAGAAAAGAUAAUUUCGCGGCUCAGUUCAUUUUCCGGCGAGCAUACAUACACAGGCCACGCCUAUGCACCUCCAGCGGACCUGGAACCGCGCAAUAUCACGACAUGGGUGUCAUCGAAUAUCUCCAUCGGCACGCAGUCUUUUAACCAGAACGUACUCGGCGGCUUUUCCGAGGACUCGAGUUCCUUUAGCCCGUCGGUUGUUCAGUGGAUACGAUCCGACGAGUCCGUCGGGUACUUCAGCCUGUAUCCCACGGAGACUGCAUUGAAAGCCGAUGUAGCUCCCUACGCUCUGAACCUCACUUACCCGCUUGGAAAUUCUUCGAGUACAUUCACGUUCGCACUCGCGGCAAACCCGCUGGGGAGAACACGCGACAUUACCGGCUUCGAUGAUGUGUAUGGUCUUAAGAUUGAAGUCGUUGGUGGCACUGUCGACCUGACUCCGAAGAUAUCGUUUUGCGGCCUGCUAGGGGGUGCUUGCGAGGCUAUUCAUAAUUUUGAAUUCUGGAAUAUCACAUUCACCAUGCCGCCUGGUAGCUCAGAUGUCCCGCAGGUCCAGUUCAGAUUUGAGCAUCGGUAG